AUGGUAAUUCACGAUACGCAGACAGCACUAGCGACUCACCCGACCAAUCACAGUCCUCCACUCAGCCUCCUCGUCCUCACGGUGCAGCUAUCCGGUCUCCGCAGAACCGAUAAGCAAGCUCAGCUCGACAAGCCAAACUCAGCCAGAGCCGCUGGCGCUGGUGGCUCUUCCUCGACGAUGCUCAAGCUCUACACCGACGACUCGCCCGGUCUCAAGGUAGACCCGUUCGUCAUCGUCGUGCUGUCCUUGUCGUUCAUUGGCUCAAUAUUCUUCUUACAUAUCUCCGCUAAGGUUGUAAAGGCAUUCGCAAAGUAG